UCCUUGCUCGGUUUAUAUGAGAGUGGAACAUCAUCAUCGUUCACCGAGCUUCAACACAGUCCACUGCGCAGAGCAACCUGGAACACCUAUAAUCGCCAUGAGUCGUCUCGGUUUCACUGGACACUGUUGUUCAACCCCUGAGCGCUACAGCCACGACGUCUUCCUCAGCUUCCGGGGCGAAGACACGCGCUACACUUUCACCGGCCACCUCCUCUGCGCCCUGCGCCGGAACGGAGUCGACGUCUUCUUCGACGACGACGGCCUCAGGAAGGGGGACGAGAUCUCGCCCGCUCUCAAGCGAGCGAUCGAGGAGUCCAGGAUCUCCAUCGUCGUGCUCUCGGAGAACUAUGCCGGUUCCGCCUGGUGCUUGAACGAGCUUGCAAAGAUCAUCGAGUGUCACGAUCGUGACGAGGAGAAGCAAGUGAUUUGGCCGGUGUUCUACCUCGUGCAGCCUUCGCAAGUGAGGCACCAGAUAGGCGCCUUCGGCACGGCGUUUGAGAAGCAGGUGCUCAGAUUCGGCGAGAACGCCGACCCGGUCAUGAAAUGGAGGGAGGCGAUGAAGAGCGUCGCUAAGCUUUCCGGGUGGACAUUGAAGAAGAACGAGUAUGAGUCGACAUUCAUUCAGUCACUCGUCAAAGAUGUAUUGGGCAAGCUGCAUCCCAAAUCUCUGCAUGUUGCUGACUUUCCAGUUAGGUUGCAACCUCAUGUCGAUCUGAUUAUUUCAAAGUUAGAGCGGAACCGUGUCGUGGGGCUCUAUGGGAUAGGUGGAGUAGGUAAGACGACUGUUGCUAAAGCCGUAUAUAACCUUAUUGCUGAUCAAUUUGAGGGCAGUUGCUUCCUCGCCAAUGUUCGAGAGAAUUCCAAGCUGGGGGGUCUAACUAGAUUACAAGAAGCUCUUCUUCAUGGAACAUUGAUGGAUGUCAACUUGAAGAUUGACCAUGUUGAUCAAGGAAUUCACACUAUAAGGGGUAGGCUUAGCCGGAAAAAGGUUCUUGUUAUAGUUGAUGAUGUGGAUCACUUGGAACAACUGAGAAAACUAGCAGGUGGACCCAACUGGUUCGGUCCAGGAAGUAGAAUCAUUAUCACAACCAGAGAUGAGCAUUUAUUAGUAGCUCACAAUGUUCCUUGGACACAUAAAAUCAAUUGUUUACAUGAUCAGGAUGCUCUUCAGCUCUUCUGUUGGAAUGCUUUUAUGGAAAUCCGUCCUCGAAUUGGUUAUGAGAACCUUUCGAAUGAGUUCAUAAAUUAUGCUAGGGGACUUCCAUUGGCCCUCAUAGUAUUAGGUUCCUUUUUGCGAGGUAGAAGCAUAUCUGAAUGGGAGAGCACCCUGGAUAAAUUGGAAAGAAUUCCCCAUGAAGAUAUCUACAACGUACUCAAAAUUAGUUUUGAUGGAUUAGAUGAACAGGAGAAGUCCAUUUUCCUUGACAUUGCUUGUUUCUUAAGGGGGAUGAGUGAAUACUUCAUCAUGGAAAUUUUAGAUGCGUGCGACUUCGAUUUGUUGAUUGUGAUACAGCGUCUCAGAGAGAGGUCUCUUGUAAGCAUUGAGUAUGGUGUGAUACAGAUGCACGAUUUGCUUCAGCAGAUAGGACGGGAAAUUGUUUGCCGAAAGUCUGAAGGGGAGCUUGGACGACGCAGUAGGUUGUGGUCAACUGAUGAUGUGCUCUAUCUUCUGAGUAACAGUUUGGGGACAAAUGCAGUUGAAGGCAUAGUUAUAGAUCUACCUGAACCUGAAGAGGUGCACUUGGGUGACAAGGCCUUCACAAAUAUGACGAGUCUUAGGCUGCUUGUAAUGCGUGGUGCACAUUUUUCUGGUGCUCCUCUCCGACUUCCUUCCGGGCUAAGGUGGAUUGAGUUGGCUGGAUGUUCUAUUCCAUCACUUGAAUUUAAUUUUGGCCCGAAGAAACUUAGGAAAAUUAAUCUGAGGGGCAGCAACAUCGAAAGGUUGGGAGCGGGAUUCCAGAAUUUCAAGAAUAUGACAUCCAUAAACUUUGAAGGAUGUGAGCAAUUAAUUGAAAUCCCUGAUUUUUCAACUAUAAAAAAUCUUGAAAGUUUGAUUCUUGAUGGCUGUACUGCCCUAAUUAAAGUUCAUGAGUCGGUUGGAUUUCUUCCUAAGCUCGUCGAUUUGUUCCUAGAUGAUUGCCCUAACCUCAGCAGUUUUCCUGCCACCAUCGAAUUAAAAUCUCUUCAAAAUUUUACCCUAAAUGGGAGUACCAAGCUCAAAACAUUUCCUGAUGUCGGUGAAUACAUGACACGUCUGGAUUGUCUUUACCUACAAGACUCCGGUAUAGAGGAGCUGCCUUCAUCUAUUGAACGUCUGGUCAAUCUUCGAUCCGUAUACUUGACUGGAUCCAAAAACCUUACCUGUCUUCCACCAACCAUGUAUAAGUUACAUAACCUUCAAGAUCUUUCUCUGGGUGGUUGCUCAAAACUUGGCAAAAUUCCUGAGCUCGGCAGAGAUGUAGACUCAAUAUGUUUGCCUAGUUGCUGCUCUUCAUCGAGGUCUGCAACUAUCAAGUACCUUCGUCUCAGCAAUUGCAAUCUAAGAGAUGUAGAUAACCUAUUGGCUCGACAAAGCUUCAAUACAUUGAGAAGCUUAGAACUUUCUGGGAAUCCUUUUGUUAGCCUUCCUGCAAGCAUUGGUAGACUCCUUUACUUGGACUGGCUUGAUUUAACGAAUUGUGAACAACUUCAAGAAAUUUCGCAGUUGCCACCAAACAUCAAGGAGCUGAUUGUAAGUGGAUGCAAGUCUCUGAGAAUGUUUUUGGGGCGGUCAAUGGUAUCUGUAUAUGACAUGAAGCAAUUACCACUCCUUGAAUACGUCGACUUCUCUAAUUGCCAUAACUUGACUUGGUUUGCUGAUGGACCAUCAGCUGAGGACUUGAGGACGACCUCAGUUACCAUAUAUUUUCCUGGAAGUGAAAUUCCCGAGUGGUUUAGCCAUCAAAGUGAGGGGGGUUCGAUAUGUUUCCAAGUGCCGUUGGAUAGGUUCUUGAAUUGCAAGUCCGUCACGCUUUGUAUCCUCUUCGGAUUGGAGCAAAGUCCCACCCAAGAACGCGGAAUGGUGGAUGGUGUCAUAGACUAUGAUUUCUCUCUCACUGUCGAUGGUGGAUACAUUAUGGCUGACAGAGACUACAUAUGGGGGAUUGACUCGGAUCACUUGUGUCUCUUUUAUGGUUCACAAGCUUUGCUUCGGCCUGAUCGGAUGGUCAAGAAUCGGCUGCAGGAUUCGGUGCGCUUCGAGUUUUCGGUCAGAGUCCACAGUGCGCCCGCCAAUGUAGUCUUCAGGAGUUGUGGGGUACAUCUAGCAUAACACAAGAUGAAAAUCAACAAGCAUGUUUGGUCUUCACUGGGCACAUCUGACGAUAAAAUGGCGAGACAGUCCAUGGAUUUAUUUAACAGCGAGAGGUCCUCCUGAUGAUGAUAACGGAAGUGGUGAUUGGAGCAUCAAGCGAAAGAGCGUCUGUGAAAGUCCCUCUCUUUGAUCUAGUUGCGGUUUUCAAAGACCAUUGGUGUGUCUUUUAUAAUUGAAUUGAUGGUGCGGCUACCAGAGUCAGCUCCUUCGUGGCCCCUGAUGUAAGUUGAGCUCGAUCCUCCUCAACAACGUAUUAUUCGAGUAAAAAUCGAAUAUCCUAAAACCCAUCAUUUUUCCAACAUCAUUUCUAGUACUAAAUCCAUUUGCCGAUCGACUCUUGAGCUUUUGAAGUCACGGCGUA